AUGGAUAAUGACACUUCUAAGUUUCUUCUCUUGGAAUUCUCAAAAAUUUGGGAGCUACAGGUUAUGCACAUAGUUAUACUACUGAUACUGUAUUUAAUGACCAUAACAGGGAACCUUCUCAUCAUCACUGCUGUUAUUUGUGACCAUCACCUUCACACACCCAUGUACUUCUUCCUGAUGAAUUUAGCCAUGCAAGACAUUGGUUCAGUUUCAAUAAGGACUAUUUCUCAUUCUGGAUGUGUUGCCCAAGUCCUGUUGUUCUUCUUUUUCGUGAGCUGUGGUGUUUCCCUCCUUACUGUCAUGGCCUAUGAUCGGUAUGUUGCCAUUUUUAAUCCUUUACAAUAUGAAAUGAUAAUGGACAGGAAGGCCUGCACCAAAAUGGUUGGCAGUGUAUGGACUGCCAGCCUUCUCAAUGCUUCAUUACAGACUAUUGUCACUUUUAUUACUCCUUUCUGCUCUAAUAUUAUCAACCAGUUCUUCUGUGAAAUCCCAUAUUUACUUAAGAUUGCCUGCUCUGAUUUAUAUGUAACUGAAAUUGGAGUUCUAAUCUUCGGGGCUACAUUAUCAAUUGGUUGUUUUGCCUUUGUCGUUGUCACUUAUGUGCAUGUCUUCUCUGCUGUACUGCAAAUUCCUUCUGUUCAAGGAAGGAAAAAGGCCUUCUCUACUUGCUUACCACAUCUGGUUGUUUUCUCCAUAUUUUUGUUUACUUCUUGUUUUGCUUAUCUAAAGCCUACAGCUGACAGUUCAUCACAUUCUGACUUCCUUAUAACAAUAACCUAUUCCAUUAUUCCACCUAUGCUGAAUCCAUUAAUCUACAGCAUGAGAAACAAAGACAUCAAAGUUGCUCUUUCAAGACUUUUUGGUCAGAGGUUAUUGUUUUUUUAA